UUGAAAUUGCAUGUGGGAGUGAAAGUUUAGCGGAGUAAAACAUCCGUAAGGCACAUAGCAAUCUUUCGGGAGUAAAGCGACGAUUUUGGGACUUGGGCAUGAUAUUAGACAGCCAUCUAUAGGCUUCAAUAAAGGAUCAAGAGGAUUUUUAAAAAGUCGUCUGUGAUAAUCUCUUCUGUCUACUGUCUGACUUGACAGACACCACCAUGCUGGCCCCGUGGUCGCUCCCCUACUGCUUCACCAUCCUGCUGGGCCUGUUAAAGCUGUGUCGGGCCCAGUAUGAACAACUAGGCUACCCACACGGCUAUCCACAGGGCUACCCAGAGCCAGAGCAGGAGCAGUACACUGCCCCGGAGCUGCCACCUGACACACCCAGGAUACAGCUGCGUUUGGCGGGGGAUAAGCGCAAGCACAACGAGGGGCGCGUGGAGGUUUUCUAUGAUGGCGAGUGGGGCACGGUCUGUGAUGAUGACUUCUCUAUUCACUCUGCCCAGGUGGUGUGCAGGGAGUUGGGCUACCUGGAGGCCGUCUCCUGGUCUCCGUCCUCUAAAUAUGGGAAAGGAGAAGGGCGCAUCUGGUUUGACAAUGUCCAGUGCACUGGGAAAGAGAAGACCCUGGCACUGUGCAUGUCCAACGGGAUCGGCGUCUCCGACUGCAAGCACACAGAGGACGUGGGCGUGGUGUGCAGCGAUAAAAGGAUUCCAGGAUUUAAAUUCAUUAACACCAUGGCCAAUAAUGUGGAGAGUUUAAACAUUCAAGUGGAGGAUGUGCGUAUCCGGGCCAUUCUGUCGUCGUACCGCAAGCGCAUCCCUGUGACAGAGGGCUACGUGGAGGUGAAGGACGGGGGGAAAUGGAAGCAGAUCUGUGAUGCGGAGUGGACAAAGCACAACAGCAGAGUUAUCUGUGGCAUGUUCGGUUUCCCCGGAGAAAGGAAGUACAAUGCCAGAGUCUACAAGAUGUUUGCUCGCAGGAGAAAGCCCAAUUAUUGGGACUACUCUGUCAACUGCACUGGAAAUGAGGCGCACCUGUCAAGCUGCAAGCUGGGCCAUGCUGUGGCAGCGAAGGCCAACAGCACAUGUGGAGGGGGCACGCCUGUGGUUGUCAGCUGUGUGCCAGGAAGAGCCUUCUCCCCAACCCCCAUGACUGGCUUCAGGAAGGCCUUCAGGCAGGAGCAACCGUUGGUGCGUCUGCGAGGUGGCGCCAUCGUAGGGGAAGGUCGUGUGGAGGUGCUGAAGAAUGGCGAGUGGGGAACCAUCUGUGAUGAUAACUGGAGCCUGCUGUCAGCCACAGUGGUGUGUCGAGAACUGGGCUUCGGGAGUGCCAAGGAGGCCCUGUCUGGUGGUCGGCUUGGACAGGGUAUGGGCCCAGUCCAUAUGAAUGAGGUGAAGUGCUCUGGGUUUGAGAAGUCCGUCACAGAGUGUUUCUUCAACAAGGAGUCUUUGGGCUGUAGCCAUGAGGAAGAUGCAGCCGUCACGUGUAACGUCCCAGCCAUGGGCUUCCAGGAGAGGCUGCGUCUGAGUGGGGGGCGUAACCCAUACGAGGGGCGCGUGGAGGCGUUGGUGGAGGGGAACGGCUCCUUGGUGUGGGGCACGGUGUGCAGUGAUGGCUGGGGAACCAUGGAGGCUAUGGUGGUAUGCAGACAGCUAGGCCUGGGCUUCGCCAGUAAUGCCUUCCAGGAGACAUGGUACUGGCCUGGAGAGGUGAGUGCUGACCCUGUGGUGAUGAGUGGGGUGAGAUGUUCUGGCACGGAGAUGUCCCUAUCCCAAUGCCUGCACCACGGAGCUCACGUCACCUGUCCUAAAGGAGGAGGACGCAACGCCGCCGGAGUCUCCUGCUCAGAGACGGCCCCUGACCUGGUCCUGAACCCCCAGGUAGUGGAGCAGACCACCUAUAUGGAGGACAGGCCCAUGUUCAUGCUGCAGUGUGCUUAUGAAGAGAACUGCCUAUCCACCACCUCCAGCAAGACCCCUGCCAACUCCUACCGCCGCCUGCUGCGCUUCUCCUCCCAGAUCCACAACAACGGACAGUCAGACUUCAGACCCAAGGCUGGACGCCACUCCUGGGUGUGGCAUGACUGCCAUAGGCACUACCACAGCAUGGAGGUAUUCACCCACUAUGACCUGCUCAGCCUCAACGGCACCAAGGUGGCAGAGGGACACAAGGCAAGCUUCUGUCUGGAGGACACUGACUGUGAAGAGGGUAUUGAGAAAAGAUACGAGUGUGCCAACUUUGGAGAGCAAGGCAUCACUGUUGGCUGCUGGGAUACGUACAGACAUGAUAUUGACUGCCAGUGGAUUGACAUCACAGACAUCAAGCCCGGAGAUUACAUAUUCCAGGUUUUUAUUAACCCUAACUAUGAGGUGCCUGAGUCCGACUACUCCAACAACUUAAUGAAGUGUAGAUGUAGAUACGACGGCCACCGUAUAUGGAUGUACAGCUGUCAUAAUGGUGGAUCAUUAAGCACUGAGACUGAGGAGUCCUUCCCUGGGCUACUGAACAACCAGGUGACCCACAGGUAAAAGGAUGGAAGAGAAGAUCAGAGCAACCAUCACCACCACAGAGAAACUGCCAAAAUGUCCCCAACCACUAGACUAUAUGCUAUAUGGACAAGCUGCCCACCGGCCGCUGCCCACCUCUUUCAGACGUUCCCUCUCCUUCCUAGGCAGAUAAUUUGAUGUAUCCUUCUGUCAUCUCAAAUUUAAUCCCCUCUCAUUAGUUUAUCCCAAAAGCAGGCAGCUUCUCCCAGCUCUCUGGUUGAGAUCAAGAAGGGACUGAUGCAGUUUCUCACACCCCUGGGUUAGAGACAUGAAAUAUACAUUCCCAACUCUCCCCGCUAGAGGUGAUGAUGAGACCAAAUAGCAUCUUAUUCCCUAUAUAGUGCACUAUUGGGUGCUGUGUAAAUUCUCUGAUGUACAGUAAUGAAAGUGAAUCCUGCUGCACUUUCUUAUUUUUUUAAUGAUAAAACAUUCAAAGGUCAAAUGUCAUUUCUGCAGAGGUUGGAUAUCUCUGACAAAUAAAUAUUUCUUGAACUAUGAACAAAGACAUAUUUGGGAAUACUACAGACUUCGUUGAUCAUUAUCUAUUAAUAGAUUUGUAUGGCUUUAUAAAGUAAGGGCCUCAUAUAGGCUACUCUCUAAGUAGCUUAAUAAAGAUGAGUAUUGAGGACACAGUAUAGUACAAUGCAAUACAAUAGGAUCCAAUAACUAACUGCCAGUAAGUGCGGUGUUGUUGUGAAGUGUUUAACAAACAGAUGUCCUGUGAUGUAGUAAUUUCACCUGUCUUCUAUUUUCUUUUUCUUUGGAAAUUUAGACAUCAUUAUUUUGAAGUACAAGGUUGUUACCCUCACCAAUCUUUCAGUCUGUGGUAUAGAUUUCUAUGGUCAACACGCUCUAUCUUUAAGUUAUUCUGUCAUGUUUCCCAUUCUGACAUCUGUAUUCAACCCCAGUACCCAUCCCAAGUGCCUGAGAAGUUCCUUAGUCUACUCCACGCCACAACAGUAGUGGCGGUAGUACGGUAGUUAAAAUGGAGGGAUACAACUAAUGCCCCUCAGUGCCUUAUAUUGAGAGAAAUAAAGUCUUUAUUUUAUUUUCUCAUGCAUAUGUUUCUUUUCAACAUUCACGAACAAUCUCAUAUUUUCAAGCAAACAUCAUAUUAGUAACUUAUUGUUGUAUAAGUCAGGGAUUUUAAUUGCAUUUUUUCCCUUUUUCCUUUCAGUUUUUUUGUACAAUAAUGUGUGUCUCAUUAUUGUAUUGUACUUAAAUAAUGGUGCUACCAAACUGUCAUCCUCUGUUUUAUGAGGGUACAGUACAGUGACAGCUGAAUGGCUACAGUUUGUUAUGCUAACUGUAUACUUGAAUGGAGUGUAAAAAUCCAUAAUGUCCUUUGUUUGAUAACUAUAUUAAAGCAAACAAAUCUAA